AUGAGCCCAGUGCAAAUGAAGGUGUUGCCUCAAGCAGUCCUCCAAAGCCCAGGAGAGCAUCCCAAGUUCAUAGAGGAGCCUCUUUGCCCCCCAUUAGAGUCUGCAAGGAUUCAUUUGAUCAAAGACAAAGAUGCCAUAGAUGAUUAUUUGGCGAAGAAUAUCAAAGGGGUGUCAGCACAAGAAGCCGCAGCUUACAGGAAUUCAUACAAGAAGAACAUCUGCAUAGACAUGCUGCGCCGGGGUUAUCACAAGUCCUUCUCUGAGCUCCUCACUCUGAUCCAGAAGUGGAAUGCCUUCAGGGAGGCUGCAGGGCCUGGGUCAGCCAUAUGGCAUGAGAAGUCCCUGGAGGAGCAGCCUGAUAAGCUGGAUCAGCUUUCCCACUUCCUGACCGGGGCUGAGGCAGCCCGGCGAGCAGGGCACUAUGAGAAGGUGUAUGAUAACCAGCUUAGCUUGGCCUGCUGUUUCAAUGACCCUGAGGACAAAUGGUUGAGUAACUACUUCUAUGAGCAAAGCUAUCACACAGCUCAAUUAGUAGAAGUUGAUGGUGGGAAGAGAAAGGCACAAGGAUAUCUAAACAUGGGCCUCCUUGAAGAGGAAGAAGGUCAUGUCACAAAAGCUGCUAAGCAUUUUGAAACCUUUUAUGAGCUAACAGAGGGCACAUCCUGGAAGGAUGAGACAGGCCACACUUACACUUCACUGGCGUGUCAGCAUCUCUGGAGAAUUUAUACAUUGCUAGCAGACAAAAUGCUGGAAAAUAAAGAACACGAAGAGGCCAUCAAAAUGCUAAUAAAAGCUUUAAAGAUGGCCAAAGAAGGAGGUGAUAUAAAGAUGCAUGGAGAAGCAGUCUAUUGCUUAAGUCUGGCAUAUCAUUUUUGUGGAGAAAAUGAGACAGCAUUAGCAGUUUUGAACACCUCUGUAGAAAUCUUCACAAGCCUUUGUGAUUCUGCUGGCCUGGGCAGAGCAUAUGCAGCUGUAGCCAAGAUCCUGGCAAGUCAGGGAAAAUCAAGUGAGGCUGUGAAGUACUUGGGAGAGUUUAUGAAGGAUGCUGAGAGUGCUAAUCUAGGCCAAAGCCUGGUGGAUGCAAAUGUCCUACUUGGAAAAGUUCACAAUGAAAGAGGGAACUAUAACGAAGCUCUGGAACAUUUCAGUCAGGCCUCUGAGGCAGCGAAAGCUUUGAACAAUUUGCCCUUGGUGGCUGAAACAGAGAGUUACUGUGGCAUUGCCAAGGCUCAUCAGCUGAUGGUGCCGUUCAACAGCCACGUAGCAGCUGCAGCCGAUCCCCUCAGCCUGCAGUGCCUGCUGGCAUGGAAGCAAAACAGAAGUGACAUGUGCACUGACCCUCUUCCAGGCGGCCUGGAGUCUCCAGGAGCUGAGGAGGAUCCUGGGGGGGACAAGUCUCAAGUGGUGCCAGCAGCUGCUCAUCCUCCAGCUCAGUUCUGCAACUUGGUCUCCUGCAGCAUAGGAGAUGUGGGACAGAAAACCAACAUCCAGCAGAUUUUCAGUAGCACAUGGGUGAGCCAGAGACUAGGAACUGGAGCAUCCUAA